AUGUCGACAUCUACGUACAAGCGGUUCGAAGACCCCGAAUCUGGGGUUCUUCCGGACAAAAUGACGGUUUACCAGGAGUCCCAGCGGGCAUUUGGAGCAAGCCCAAUAAAGGCGAAGAAGUGCCGGCGGUUGUUGUCGCAAUUGGUGCAUCUUUUAUACCACGGAGAGACGUUCAACAAAACAGAAGCAACAAACCUUUUUUUCUCAGUGUCGAAACUUUUCCACAACAACGAUCCGUCUCUCCGGCAGAUGGCCUACUUGGCAAUCAAGGAGCUCUGCUCGAUGUCUGAGGACACGUUGAUGAUUACGGCAUCGAUAAUGAAGGAUAUACAAGGCAGAGAGGCCGUUUUCAAGCCGGACGCGGUCAGGACACUUUCGCGUGUUCUAGAUGGUUCGACGAUCCACGCAGCAGAGCGUGCAAUGCGCAACUGCAUUGUGGACUCGAAUCAGGCUGUGUGCUGUGCAGCUUUGGUUUCUACGUAUCAUUUGUUUCCAGUUGCGAAAGAGGUGGUUAGAAGAUGGGCAAACGAGGCACAGGAUACGAUUGGUGCAGCCAAGAGCAUCGUGAGGUCGCCAUAUACGGCCCAGGGAGGUGUCUCCGGGUCGUCGCGUCUGCCCCAAUCGACAUAUUUCCACCAGUACCACGCCCUAGGCUUGAUGUACCAGUUGAGGAAAGACGACAAGAUGGGCAUGCAGAAGCUGAUCCAGCAGCUCACGGGCAGCCGGCGGUUGCAGAACUCGUUUGCCACCGUGCAGCUGGUGCGGUACGUGGGCGUGCAGCUCGCAAACGAGGUGCAGGUCGGUGCGUCGAUCGACGCCUCGGCGACCCGCUCCUGGCCGCUUUUCGCCUCCUGGCUCUCGGACAAGUCCGAGAUGGUGGAGCUGGAGGCCGCCAAGGUCGUGUUGAGUGCCCAGCUGGCCCGCGUGUUCACUUCCGAGCAGCAGAUGCAGGCAAUUUCGACGGUUUCGAAACUUCUCUCUGUUCCUCGCACCGUGACCCGGUUUGCAGCCAUCAGAUUGUUGAGCCGGCUGGCAGUUUCGAGCCCCGAGAAGGUGAGGCCGUGUAAUGGGGAGAUCGAGGAGUUGGUGAACGACCCGUGCCGGUCGAUUUCGACGUAUGCAAUCACCACAUUGUUGAAGACGGGCAGUGCAGAGAGUGUGGACCGGUUGGUGAAGAUCAUCGGCGGGUUCAUGGACGACAUCACGGACGAGUUCAAGGUCGUCGUUGUGCGUGCAGUGGGCACUUUGGCGCUCAAGUUCCCCGACAAGCAUCGGGUGCUUCUUGGAUUUUUGGGAGAUGCUUUGCGGGACGAAGGAGGCUUCACCUUCAAGAACUCCGUCGUGGAGUCUGUGUUUGACAUCGUGAAGUUUGUGCCGGAGGCCCGCGAGGACGCUCUCAAGCUGCUCUGCGAGUUUAUUGAGGACUGCGAGUACACAGAGUUGGCAGUGCGUGUUUUGCACAUGCUUGGCCAAUACGGUCCUAAGGCCUCCAAGCCAUCCACGUACGUCCGGUACAUCUACAACCGGGUGGUGCUCGAGAACUCGAUCGUCCGGUCGUCGGCAGUCGUCGCGUUGUCGAAAUUUGCACUUGUUGGGGACCAAAAACUCACCUUGAGCAUCGAGGUUCUCCUCCAGAGGUGCCUCAGAGACGUGGACGACGAGGUUAGAGACCGGGCGGCCUUUGCAUUGCAUCUGUUGAAGGAGGCAGAUGGCAGUCCGGAGGCCUCGGCGAGAACUAGGGCACUUUUGGAUCCACAGACUAGGUUCUCGCUUGCAUCUUUGGAGCAGCAGUUGUGCCAGUACGUGCGGUCGGACGACAAGGCGUCGUUUGCACAGCCGUUUGACACGUCAGCCGUCCCAAUGUGCACUGUUGAGGACAAGCUGGCCGAGCAGUUGCGGCAGAAGAUGCAGGGUGAGGGUGAGAUCAAGGAAGGAGUGAAGGCUGAGAUGAAGGACGAGAUAAAAGGUGAGAUCAAGGCUGAGAUCAGUGAGGCUGGCGGUAAAACUGGGGCUGCAUUUGGCGAAAAGUUGACGACCCAGGCCCAGCAAGAGGCCGAGAAAUCCCAGAUGCUGGUUUACGCACGCGAACUGGCCACGUUGCCGCAGUUCGAGUCCUAUGGGGACCUCUUGCACUCCUCGCAGGCAGUGGAAUUGACCGAGACCGACACGGAGUUCGUCGUCCGGGCCGUCAAGCACGUCUUCAAGCACCAUCUCGUCGUCCAGUACGACGUGUGCAACACUUUGAAGACGUUGCAACUCGAAAAUGUCACCGUUAUCGGCCAGCUCGACUCAGAUGCCUACCAGGAGGAGCUCAGCAUCCCAAUACAGCUUCUAAGACCGGACUCCAAGGCCUCUGUCUACAUCUCGUACAAAAGACCAGACUCCGGAUACGACCGCAAAUUUGUCAAAUACUCUCUCGACCUCGAUGAGGCUUCCGGUGAGCCGGCUGAAGACGAUGAGGGUUACCCAGACGAGUACCAGGUCGAGGACUUGCAGAUCACCCCUGCCGACUUCGUCAUCCCGGCUUUUACCGGCUCCUUCACUGCCGUGUUCGACUCUUUGCCCAACGAGGAAGUCGCAGUGUACAAUCUUGGCUCGGCCGAGUCCAUAAACAUGCAGGAUGUCGUCGCCAAGGUUACCCGGACGCUUGGAAUGCUGCCGCUUGAAGGUUCUGCCAGAGUUCACAGCGAGUCCACGCACACUCUCAAGUUGUUUGGUACCAGUGUCGAUGGUGCCAAAGUUGGGGCACUUGUCAAGCUCAUUUUGAGCUCAAAGGGUGCCAUGAUGAAGGUCCAGGUGCGGUCCUCCGAUGCUGAUUUGAGCCUGUUGCUUGCCAACGUGUGGGGUGAGAACUGA